UCCAUAUCCCAUCAAUAGUAAUGCCAGAACGCAAGUGACAUGAUCGAGCAAAGUUUCUCUAAGUUUUUAAAAGAAAUGGAAUAUGAUAUGGUCAUUCGGGAUCCAAGGUAACUAAAAAUUUUUUCGAAAAAGCCUUCAAAAAACUUCUAACCAACUGUUAGAAAGAAUUGAACUUGGUAUAGCUAAUAAUGACAACUAUCCUCAACAUAUGAUAAAAUAAAAUUAAAAAUAUCUCCAAAUCUUUAUACUAUUUUUUAACAAUAUGGCAACUUUCGGUCAGACCUAAGUAUUAUUUUUUAUCUUUGACAUUUUUGAAUAGAACACUUGUAUUAUCGAUAUUGAUUCAGUGCAAAUAAAUAUGCUGCAUCUAAUUAAUGAAAUUCGAUUAACAAUCACAAUUUGUUUUUAAGAGUACUUAUUAAUAAUAGAAUGUAAAACACUUAUUCAAAAAUGUCGAUUAAUAUUUUUCCAAAAUAAUAGGAGAUAUUUUCUUGUUAAAAGAUAAUUUUCAUGAAUAUUGUCUCUAAAACGAACCGAUAUUUGUUGAUAAAAAGAAAACUUUAAUUUAAAUCCUGAAUGAUGAUGAUUAAUAUGUGCAUUAAACAGACAAUAAAUCCAAUGGAUCCAAACAAAAAUCUUUGCUCUAAACGAAAUAAACGAUUCACAAUUUAAGAAUUUAUUUCUGAAAAAAAUCAUGACAAAAAACCUUCUUGAUGAUCACGAAAUAUCAAUGUCAAAUAAAUAAGAAAAGACGCAAUGUGUACAGCUGACGUCAUUUGAUUUAUUCACACGCUUAUGCCUAACACAAUCGUCAUGAUAGAUUUUUUGAUCGUCUCUACGAUAAUUAUGAAAUGAUUAAUAUUCAUCGGAGAAAAAAAUCUCAAGGUGAAUCUUAAAAUAGAUAAGAACGAAUAAAAGAAACGAUGUUUAUAAUAUGGUCAUGUCUUUAAUUAAUGAAAACUAUAUAAGAUAAAUGAAAAUGAUCGAUAUACAAUACACAGAUAUAUUCUUAAAGGUAAUUUUUAUUUGUAUAUUAGAAUAAAAACUGAGUUUUGUAUUCUUUUUAUGUAUUAGAUUAAAAUUGUUUAAAAAUGUUGAAAUUAUUUGUUAUUAGUUCGACUAUUUUAUUAUCCAUUGUUGUCGAAUGUCGACCAGAGAAGCUUCCAUUAGAAGCUAGUUGUCUAAGAGAUACAUCAACUUGUACGUCUUCAAAACAAUGUUGUAGUGGAAUCUGUUGUGAUGAAAAGUGUAUGAAAAGACCAUGUAGACAACCGCUUGAAUCAUGCAAUAACUCUACUGAUAUUUGUUGUCCUGGACAAAUAUGUGGAAAAUACUCGAAAACAUGUUGUCGAUUAAGUAAUGAAACAGCGUUAUCAUCAUCUGAAUGUUGUGUUCAACCAGCGAUACCAAGUGGACGUGUAUUCAUAUGUCCCUGUAGUGGACAUGCACUACCUUGUAAAAAGAACAAAGAUUGUUGUUAUAAUAUGCAAUGUUCAACAGCAUAUCCUCAAUUUGGACCUAUUUGUUUAUAA